UAGCGCCAACCUCGACGGAGGAACAUUUUACGUUAAAGCGAGACUUUGGAGUGCCUUGUCAAAAUCUUUGCUACCGCGAACAUUGGAACACGUGUUUAGUUUAUUUGUUCGUGUUGUUACAAAUAUUGUUAAAUGGAAAACACUGACAGUAUAGGCGAACGGUUAACAGAUGGAGAAGAUAGUGACUCUGAAGUGGAUGACUCGAAUAACAUGAUGGAAGACAGCUCUUCAGAUGAAAUGAACUCAGAACACAGGAAGACAGUAGAGACAAAGUCUGAUUUGUGUGACUCCCCCGUUUCAAAAGCAAGUAAUCACCACAUUCCAAAGAAGAAAUCAGGUGUCAGCUGUUCCAGCAAAGGAAUUAGUAAAAAAUCUCACUGUAAGCCUUCGACUUCUUCAGCAGCUACAAAAGUGCUUCUGGCUGAAGAACUAACAGAAGAACAAGUGAAGGACAAAAAACUUUUAAAAGAAAAGUAUAAAAAUUCUAAAUUCCAAGAGAAACUUCUACUAAUGGAAUUAAAAAAUAUGGAAAGAAAGAUCGAAAUGUUCAAAAAGUCUCAAAAACUUUGAUUCAGGUGUUUCUGGAAGUGUAUUUCUGAUUUUCUAAGUUAUUGCUUUAGUUUCAUAAAACAAGAAAACCAUUUUUUAUUUCUCAUUAAUCUAAUACCAUUACUUGUAAAUAAAAGCAUAUUGUUUAAAACAUCA